GCGCGUUUAUAUAUACAUAUUGUUUUUUCCACGGACUUCAGUAUUCUUAUCAUUAUUUUUAUUGAUUUCUCUUUUACGUUUCAAGAACAAUGCCUUGCAAUUGUCGACAAGGAACAGCUCUGCACAACCAUCUCGGAGAUGCGCUGUCGAGUGAAGGUGUGUUCGGCUUGGGUGCCCCUAUUAACGAAGCAGUUGACCUGACGGCGUUGCAGGUGUGGAACUGCAAGAACUCUGCAGAGGAAGCUGGACGUAUUUUCAACCCUAACACAAGUGAUAACAGUCUUCCCAUUUGCAGCGACGACGACCAGGAACUGCUGAUAUUUGCACCCUUGAAUUCUCUGUGUCGAGUGAAAGGCCUGACCAUUACCGGUCCAGCGAACGACUGCGCUCCGUCACGCGUCAAAAUUUUUGUGAACACUGGCAAUAUCACCGGAUUUGACUCAGUUCAAAGGUUGGCUCCGCAGGAGAUGCUGCAACUUGCUGAAGGUGGCUCGGAGGAUCGAAUUGUGUACCGUGUCAACCCGGGUAAAUUCGCUUCCGUCUCCUCCCUUGCUUUUCUAUUCGAUGAAAGCUUCAACGGUGAGGAGACGGAUGUGCUGCGCAUUGAACUUUUCGGAGAAAACAGUGGAAAGUCAACACAGCAGCAGGUUGCAACUAACAUAGUGUAUGAAGGCCGUGGCAACCCAGCUGAUCACCGGGUGACGGAAGAGAAAAACGCUCUUUUUGAAGUCCGUUGA